GGUAGCCCAGUCUAAAUGAAGAACGGAGUAGCGACAGGGAUGAGUAGAACGAAGAGGUCGUAGUAAGAAGCAUCAUCUAUGGCGGAAGAACAAAAAGAAGAAGAGAAGCUUCCUCAACCUUCCGAUCCUCCUUUACCAUUUGAUCCCAGUCGAAUGGUUGGUAUAAUAAAAAGAAAGGCGUUGAUCAAAGACUUAGCUGCUGCAUACCAUGCUGAAUGCCUUCAAUAUUGUCAAGACCUUUUGGAACUUCAAACUAAAUGGGAAGAGCCAUUUAUUGACUUAAAACCUCCAGAGGAAUCAAAAAAGGAGCCAGUGCGACCCUCUAAACGCGUGAAAAAGUUGCGCUAGGUUUCAGGAUGGUUGCAGCUCGACUCGUAUCAUAUGUCAACAAUAUGCACCAUCAGAGGAUACUUUUUAGUUGCCCUGGGUGCGUUCUAUUCAUCAGCCGGCAGUUACAAAGCAUGUCUUGCUGCUUGUAAAAGCAAGAGACAUAAUAUAUCAACUUUAAUGGUUGUGUUGUAUAGAAUAACAUUUUCAUUCCUGCAUUCAGCUAUUGUAUAUGAUCCUUUGCAAAUAUGUUAGCUCCCAUUUAAAUUGUAUUUCUCUGUUUCUAAUUCAAUGCAAGAAACAUUUGACAACUCUC